AUGGACAAUCUAGCAGGAGUUACAGUCUUUGACGCGGCCAAUCUCCCUAUCAUAGACUACUCCAGAAUCGAGGCCUUCUUUUCCGAUAAAACAACCGAGAAUGUGGCAGAGAACGAGAAGCUGCUCAGGGCUGUCAACGAUUUCGGUUUUUUGUAUCUAAAGAACCAUGGCAUCACCGACGAGAAAACAAACCAGCUCUUUGCACAUGCAAAGGAGUUCUUCGAAUUACCCAUCGCAGAAAAAGAAAAGAUCGAGUCCAGUGAAAAAGUGUUCUUCCACGGCUGGUUUUCAUCAGAGCGUAUAUCGAAAUCAGAAGCCGCCGAUCAGAGGGAAGGCUAUGACAUUGGCGAUGACAACAACCUGAAUCGGCCUAAUCAGUGGCCUGAGAACCGACCUGAGUUCAGGACCGACAUGAAUUACUUUUUUCAUAAAUGCCAUGAGAUCCAUCUUGUUUUAUUGGGCGCAUUCGCAGCGGCCCAUGGGUUGUCUAAGGAUCACUUUAAUCCUCUUGUGAAUGAAAAGGACCAUUUCUUCCGCCUCCUACACUACCCACCUUCUACACCAGAGUCGAUAGGGGUCCGUUUACGAGCUAGCCCCCACACAGAUUACGGCACUUUGACAUUGUUAUUCAAUGACAGCAAUGGCGGCUUACAGGUUCGUGGAAAAGAUGGUCAGUGGUUGAAUGUACCUCCCAUUUCAGGCUGCGCAAUCAUCAACGGGAAACUGCCUUCGCGGUAUGCGCUCGCGUGGUUUGGUAACCCUAACAGAAAUGCCUGGAUUGAGCCCCUCAGCUCCUGUAUCACUGAAGAAACCCCCAAGUGCUUUGAAGGUGUAUGGGCUGGUAAACACAUAGCGGACCGAAUUGCUAAGUCGCACAAGGACGGAAAGGCUCCAGAGGUGUGGGAGGACUCCAUGUAUAGAAAGGAGGACUAA